AUGGCAAUCCUACUCACGGGCGGCAAGGGCAAGACCUCCAUCCGAAUGGCUCGUAUCCUCAAAGAUGCAAAGAUCCCUUUCAUCAUGACGUCUCACGCUCUGCCAGUCGCCAAGUUUGACUGGCUCGACGAAUCGACAUAUGAGAAUCCAUUUCAGCAUCCAUCUAUCAAGGGAGAAGAGGUAACGGCACUCUAUAUUGUCAUCCCGGAGAAUGAGGAUCCAGCUACACCAGCCAACGCCUUCGUUGAUUAUGCCGUACGGAAACACGGUGUCAAGAGAUUCGUUCUGUUUGCAGGGACCACUGCUGAGAAAGGAAGUCCAGUAUUUGGCAAGAUCUGGGAACACUUGGAUCAGAUCGGUGUUGAAUAUUGCGUGCUCCGAUCCACUUGGCUUAUGGAGAACUUUUCUGAGUGGCAGUACCCCGCCACGAUCAAGGACGAAGGCAAAAUCUACACUGCCUGCGGGGACGGAAAGAUAUCCUUCGUCAGUGCUGAGGAUUUUGCCGCCGUGGCAGUUCAUGCGCUCACCUCUGCGAAAGUGCCUGGCGAGACAGUCAGGGUUUUAGGACCAGAACUAUUGACCUAUGAUGAGGCUGCAGCCAAAUUCAGCAAAGCUCUUGGACGAGAAAUCGUGCAUGUUCGACUCGAUCAGGAUCAGAACGUCCAGCACUACAUAAAGAUUGGGUUUCCGCCAGCAGCAGCCGGGUUCAUGACCUGGCUCGAAUCUAAAACUGCCGGUGGAAGCGAGGCGAUGACAAACGACGUUGUGGAGCAACUCACGGGCCGACCCCCCAAGAACCUUGAUACCUUUAUCCAGGAGAACAAGAACACUUGGCUGUGA